AUGCGGUAUGUGUUUCUCGCCGUAACGUUGACUUGUAUUGGAAUCUCGAUCGGUAAAAUACAUUCGCUAUCACCGUACCAGAACGCAGCAGCACACGAUGCCGUCUCCCGCACGAAUCAAUUGGGAGACACCAAAGAAUGGGGGAUAAAGUCCAAGCGGACUGUGACUACUCGGACAAUAGAACAUCCAUUUACCUUGACUACUGAGGAUGAAGUGCACAAUGUUCCGAACCAUGAUCACCACCAGGACAUGCCGGAUCAAACAGAUGGUGGACAUGCGCACGACAAAGAUAAGUUUUGUUCCGGUAUGAUGCCCAUGUCCAUGUUUAUGGACGGCUUUCGUGUCACUUUGAAUCGCCCAGAGAACGAUUGCCUUAUGUAUUUUGUCCAGUCUUGGACGCUGAAAGAUGCCGACAGUUUCAAAGGCGCUUGCGUUUUCUCCUUUUUACUGGCAGUCUUUCUGGAAGGACUCUCGGCGGUACGUUCUACUGUUCAACGGAACACGUCCCAACCUCGAUGGACCCGCCACGGACUAUUAACUGCAAUAUACGCCGUCCAAGCGCUUUUGGGUUACCUUGUCAUGUUUCUCGCCAUGAGCUAUUCCAUCGAGCUCGUAUUCUCGGCCGUGUUUGGCUUGGCGUUCGGGAAUCUAGUAUUUUUUCGGUACGAAAGUUUGGCUCCCCAACCGCGUUCCCAUCCGGCCGCUCCCAGUCGUCGCGAUAUCAGGAAUGCUCGUGACCACAAAUCCAGCGUCAACUGCGGAAUAUCUGAGGGUCUGCAUGAACCGCUGCUGGUAAAUUCUUUUAAUAGUAAACGCGAUUGACUGUG